AUGGGACGACAAAAGUUCCACGCUUUUAUGUUCCCAAUGUUCGCUUUUGGUCAUAUGACUCCUUACUUGCAUCUAGCCAACAAGUUAGCUGAGAAAGCAUCGUCUUUCACCUAUCACUGUUCCUCAUGUGAUGGUCUCCCUGCUGGCACCGACACCGUCUCCGAUAUCCCCGUCACGUUGUGGAAGUUCUUCACCGAAGCCUUUGAUCUGACACGCGACCAGGUCGAAGCCGCGUGGCAAGAGAGCAUAGUCAAGAGUAUGAUGUACAACAUUGUAUCAGCCAACACCAUAGCUCACGACCUUGUCCCUGGUGCUGAGCUCGGAGUUCCUCCACCUGGUUAUCCUUCAUCAAAGGUCUUGUACCGCGCACAUGAUGCUCACGCCUUGUUGUCCUUAUCCGUCUACUACAAUGAAGUUUACUUCGGGUCACCACAGCAAUUACGAACAGCGAUUUCAUUCGAAUAG